UUGAGAGAGAGAGGCAGAGAGAGAGAGAGUGAGAAGAGUGAAUCGUGAUGAUGAGUCAUUGAAAAAGAAAAGAGAGGUGAAGUGGUUAGACAAGGAAAGGAGAGGCUUCCCUGUGCUAAGAGGCGAAGCUGUGAUGCUUUCGGUUAAGUUUGCUCAAACGGGCCUCGUCUGUGCUGUAUUCGGCAGUUAUCAAAUACAAUACAAAGAUCUUUGAAACUCCUCCUCCUUUCACUCUCUUUUCGCACCUUCCUUCCUUCCUUCGCUCUCUUGCUAAUUCGUCCUAGGUUUAGUCUCUUCUUUUUUGGAUUCAAAAUUCUCAUAUAUAUUGGGGCAGCCAGGCUGAGAGAAGGAAACAGAGGCUAGUUCCUUUUGGCGGAGGAUAAAGUUUUGGUCUUUGAUGUGAGAGUGGACAUCAGAAAUCUGGGUUUGGUUGCCUUGUUAGGUAGGUGAGAAGCAAAAUAAUGUGGGAUCUUAACGACUCGCCUGAUCAGAUAAAGGACGACGAAUCGGAAGGCUGUUCUUCGCUGAAUGAUGAUAAAGGAAAGCGGGUCGACGGAUCUGUUUCCAAUUCAAGUUCAUCCGCGGUGGUCAUGGAGGACGGAUCCGCCGAAGAAGACGGAGAGGGGAGCCGAGGAAUAUCAGACGGGAAAGAUAGCCGGAAGAUGAAGAAGAAGCGAAGCAGUAAGAUAUUCGGGUUCUCUGUGACCCAUGAAGAGUCAUCCAUGGAUAGUGCUGAAGCUGAACCGCCUGUAACCAGACAGUUUAUGCCGGUGGAGGAAGCUGACGACGUCGCCGGCGCCCCCAGCUCAGCCUUUCCUCGGUCUCACUGGGUAGGCCUAAAAUUCAGCCAGCCAGAAGCGACCAGCGGCGACGGCGGUGGUGGGAAAUCAGUGGAAGUGGUGUCGUCGACAUCCCAGCCUAUGAUUAAGAAAAGUCGGCGAGGCCCACGGUCGAGAAGCUCACAGUAUAGAGGAGUCACUUUUUACAGGAGAACAGGUCGAUGGGAGUCUCACAUAUGGGAUUGCGGGAAACAAGUCUAUCUGGGUGGAUUUGACACAGCACAUGCAGCUGCUCGUGCAUACGAUAGAGCGGCCAUUAAGUUCCGAGGAGUAGAAGCAGACAUAAACUUCAACAUAGAAGACUAUGAAGAAGACUUGAAACAGAUGGGCAAUCUGACGAAGGAAGAGUUCGUGCACGUACUUCGCCGACAAAGCACUGGGUUCCCGAGAGGAAGCUCCAAAUACAGAGGGGUAACCUUACACAAGUGUGGAAGAUGGGAGGCUCGAAUGGGCCAAUUUCUAGGCAAAAAGUACGUCUAUCUGGGUCUAUUUGACACCGAGAUUGAAGCUGCUAGGGCUUAUGACAAAGCAGCAAUGAAGUGCAACGGCAAGGACGCCGUCACCAAUUUUGAUCCCAGCAUCUAUGAAACUGAGCUUCAUUCUGAGUCCUCGGGUAAUGCUGAUCACAAUCUGGAUUUAAGUCUGGGCAAUGCGAGCUCAAAUCACAGUGCUAGGCAGUCAUUGGUAAAUCUGGUACCAGAACAACCUAAUAGAAGUAACAUAGAAUCUCAUCGAAGAAUUGGGCACGGCGAGAAUGAAACGAUGCGUCUUCUGAGUCGAACUCACCUUCAAUCUCCAGCCGCUGAUGAAACCCAGAGAUAUGGUCCCUACAAGACUUCUGGACAACCUCAAGUUCACCAUUUUUCACAUUUUCAUCCCCCAAAUUAUCGUGUAGAUUCCUAGCAGCAGUAAUGGAAACGCAGGUCGUUUGGGAAGUGAUCUUUCAUUGUCAAUGAAUGAUCAAGAACGAUGGCAAUCUGGACACUCUCAAUAUUUCUCGACUGCUGCAGCAUCAUCAGGAUUCCCACAGCAGAUCACUACCUCUCAAGCCUGGCUGCAGAAAAAUGGGUUCCACACUUCUCUCAUGCGACCCUCCUGAUCUGACCCUCUUUUAAAAUUUUCUGUCCCACCAAUUGUAUUCCAAUAAUUUACAGUUUUACACCCUCCUUCUUUCUGGGGAUAAUUCUAUAAGGAGCACAGUCUUACCAUUAGAUCUAUUUUACAAAAAAAUUUUGGUCGUCAAUAAAAAAAAAAGUGAAAAUAAAUCUAAUGGUCAAAAGAGUUGGAUCUUUUUGUGCAUAAUAGAAUUGUCCUUUCCUUCAUCUGUGUGCGCCACAUAGCUUGUAAACAUAUUCCAUGUUAUUUUAUAGGCUUCUU